ACCACGUGGUUUAGGAACGGCCCCUAAUACAGGGAGUUAGGGAGCUUACUUAAAAUCCUCCAAGGGGUGAUAGAGGACCAGUGGCGUAGCUAUGGUUUGGUGGGCCUGAUGCGGUAACAAAAAUGUGGGCCCCCGAUGAAAAUGACUGGGCAGCUUUUUGUUUCUUAAAAGGUAUUGAGGUUAAUAACUUCUCUGCAAAAAAACUCAUAAGAAAAAUUUCCACAAAUUUUUGGUAACUUUUCAAUAACAAAUAAAUGUUUUUAACUCGUAUGAUAAAAAAAAACGGCACCAACUUUGGGGGGCAAGGCACUUUUUGAUGAUUUUGUUGCACAUUGGUUUAAAACGCGAAAAAUAUUAUCGUCAGCUUUUUGUGUAUAAAGAUGUGAAUUCAAUGCAAUAGGGUAUUCGACAAAGUUUUUGUAGAUUUUAAGGGGCAUCUUUUGAUGCAAAUUAAAUUUUGAUUAAUUCACGGAGAAGUGAGAUGAAAAUUUUAUUUUAUUAUUUUCUUAUUAAAUCAAAAUGACGUCUUCAGCAAAGUUGUUGACAUUCUUAUGUAGAAAAACCUUGCUGAAGACAUUUUGGUUCUAUCUCUUGAAAAUCGACCACAUACAGGUAGUUUUAUACACAGACAUUCUUAAAAUUUCUAAAAAUCGAAAAAUACCAAAUAACAUUUUCUGAUGUGAUUUUAGAGGCCUACUAUGUUCUAGAUAUUUUUUCAUAUUUAAAAAGUACAUCAUUCAUUCUGUCGAACAUACCUUGGCCAAAUUUUCAACUUCUCCAUAAGGUUUAGGACAUUUUAGAUAAAAAAAUGCACUUUUUCAAACUAAAAUUUCUCGAAAAGCUGCAAAAACAACAGUCUUCACUCGAAAUAUGGGGAUUAUUACUAGCUGCCCCAGGUGAUUUCACUAGUUUCUUGCAGUCUCUUAAAGACGUGAGCGUGGGUGAAAAAAAAUAGUUUUUUUGGUUUUUCGGCGUUUAAAAUAGUAGUAAAGAAAUAAGAAUUUUAUCUCACUUUCAGGUGAAUCAAUGAAAAAUUUAAUUUGCAUCGAAAAAUGCCUCUUGAAAUCGACAAAAACUUUGCUGAAUACACCAUAGCAUUUGAAUGACAUCUUUAUACUCAACAAGCUGACGAUCACGUUUUUCGCGUUUUGAACCACUGUGCGUUGCAUCGAAUGUUUUCUGCUAUCGAAAAGCAUUAAACUUCGGCGUCAGUCGAAUCACGAAUCAUGGUGAAAACUGAACAUCGGUAUCAUGUUUACUCUGCCCCAUGAUGUCAAAUAAAUUUGACCAUUAUGUCAGAAGGUCAAAUAUUUGACCAUUAGACAAAGAGUGUACUACAGGCUUUAGAGCCUAGAGAGUAGGCUGUCCCAAAAAAAUCGAUGUUGAAAAAGUCCAGGUGCUCAGCUCUAAAUUGAAAGAUAAUGUUAUUUAUAGCAUUUUUGUAGAACAUUUUGACUUUCUAAAAAAUCGUUUUCAGGUUGCCCAAACGUGAUUUAUGAAAAAAAGACUUUUUCAAGCUACAAAACCACUAUUCUGCACUUUUUUUAAAUCUGCUCGAUUCCCAAUUUUUUCCAUAUAUUUUUUUUAUUUUUAUGGGUUUUUUUUUUGAAUAUUUUGCAUAGUUUGGUUUAGCAUCGCAUUCAAUUAAUUGACUCACAGAGGCCAUUGAACAUCACAAAAAGUGAAUUUUUUGCACAAUUUCCAGAAAACAUCCUUCAAAACACAUAUGAAAAAUUUUUUUGAUCAAGACCUGAAAUUUUUACUGCAAAGCGGGAUUCAAGACGAAAAUUUACAUGAAAAAAGAUCCUUGAUAUCUUACCGGAGGGCUGAGACAUUGGCGUUUUUACAUGUGAUGGAAAACUAUGCAUUUUCUAAAAAAUGCCACUAAAGCUCAAUAUCUUCAUUGCACAGUGUUUUAUUUUGCCGUUUGUGCGUAUAAUUUCCUAAACAGUGAUUCAAAUGUUUAUUAUAGCCAUAAGGUAUGUUCGAAGAAGUUUCAGGAUAUUUAAAAAUGCUUUUUUUAAUGUAGAAAGAUGGGUGAUCAAUCCACCAAUGAGUGAGAUAAAAAAUUUACUUUUUAAUCAGAAUAAGAUAGACGCAAAGUGUCUUCGACAAAGUUUAAGGUUAUCUUAAAACAAGAAACUUUACCGAAGACAUCAUGUUUCUAUCUCUUACAUAUUACGAGUAACAUUGAGUUUUCUAUUACUAGAACUAAAAAUUACAAUUUUCGUUCUAACUUUUUUCGCAGAUUUUUCCGAAUUUUUUACCCCUUUCUUCACCAUGGUUGCUCUAGAGCACCACAGGUUUGGAAGCGAAAAACCUUUCGAAAUAUUUACCAAUGCUACUCAGAAUGCAUAAAUAUGUUCUUGAACAAUAUACUGAUUGUUCAAGAAUAUAAUUAUGCAUUUUGAGUAGGAUUGGUAAAUAUUUCGACAGGUUUUUUGCAUCCAAACGUGUGGUGCUCUAGAGUAACCAUGGUAGAGAGAGGGUUAAACUUUCUACUAAGUUAUCAGUCAUCCAAAAAUGCGUUUGUUUUCUGUGCAUUGUUAUUUUUUAUCUCCCAAAAUAAAACAGUUAUUUAACAUAUUUGUAAAAUGCAUAGUUUUCCAUCACAUAGAAAAAUGCCAAUAUCUCAGCUCCCUGAUAAGAUAUCAAGUAUCUUUUUUCAUGUGAAUUUUCUUCGUAAAUCCCGCUUUGCAAUGAAAAUUGGAGUUCUUAUUCAAAAUUUUUUUUAUUUGUGUUUUGAAGGGUUUUAACUUGAAAUUAUUAGAAAAAUUAAUUUUUUUUGUGAUGUUUUAUGGGCUCUGGGAGUCAAAAAACUGAAUGCAAUGCCGAACUGAACCAUGACAAAUAUUCGAAAACAACCCCAUAAAAAUAAAAAAAUAUAUGGAAAAAUUUAGGAAUCGAAGAGAAUUGAAAAAAGUGCAAAAGAGUGGGUUUGUAGCUUAAAAAAGUCAUUUUUUCAUAAAUCACGUUUGGGCAGCCUGAAAACAAUUUUUUAGAAAGUCGUAAUUCUACAAAAAUGCUUCAAAUAACAUUAUCUUUCAAUUUAGGGCUGAGCACCUCGACUUUUUCAACAUCGAUUUUUUUGGGACACCCUACUAGAGAGCUGUUCUAAUGAAUUAUAUUUAUAAAAAUAACUAAAAUACAUAUAUUUCAAAAAGUUAUUAUUAUUGUUUUAAAACAACAUUGCGCAUUUAACCCUCUAGUGCCCUGUACCGCCUUUAGACGGUCUUCAGUUGAACCUCUAGAAAGCUUCAAUAAGAACUUAAAAAAUGUUUUUAAUGCUUCUUAAGGCCUAAACACAAUGGAUACGUUGCGGCUGCGUUUUUCGUCCGUCUAAACAAUAAUUUGGGCACUAGAGGGUUAAGGGUUAACUACUGCAGAGUUAUUCACCUUUUUCAGUUUUCGGUUGUUUGCCUUUAACGAGCUCUAGCACAAGAAGUGUGAUAGCUAGCUUUAUUCUGCCAGAUCCGUUAAAAAGCUAAGAAAAUUUUGUAAUCAAUUGUUUCUUAAAGCCGUCAAAUUAUAGAAAAUAAGAAGCACUUAGAAAGGAACAAAUCUAUACCUAUAAAAAUGCAGCCCGGUCUGUCUGUCUGAUCCAUAUAGGCUCGGAAACUACUGAACCGAUCGACGUGAAAAUUUGUAUGUAGGGGUUUUAGGGGCCGAGAAAGGUUUUAAUGAUAGUUUGAGACCCCUCCGUCUACUGGAAGGGAGGGCCCCCAUACAAAUGAAACACAAAUUUCUGCACAUCUCAAAAACUAACCAAGCAAAUGAAACCAAAUUUGGCAUGUGGAUGUUUUUAGGAGUGACAAAUAUGUCCAUAUUAGUUCGACACCCCUCCCUCUUCUGGAAGGGAGGGGUUCCAUAAAAAUGAAACUCGAAUUUCUGCAUAUCUAGAGAACUAACCAAGUAAAUAGAACCAAAUUGGGUAGGUGGAUGUUUUUAGGGGUAACAAAAUUAUCGAUAAUGAUUUGACACCCCUCCCUCUUUAACAAGGGAGGGGUCCCAUACAAAUGAAACACGAAUUUUGCACAGCUCGAGAACCAAUCAACCAAAUACAAUCAAAUUUGGUAUGUGGAUGUUUUUAGGAGUAACAAAUAUGUCCAUAUUGGUUCGAAAUCCCUCCCUCUUCUGGAAGGGAGGGGUUCCAUACAAAUGAAACACAAAUUUCUGCACAUCUAGAGAAAUAACCAAGUAAAUAGAACCAAAUUUGGUAGGUGAAUGUUUUUAAGGGUAACAAAUAUAUCCAUAAUGGUUUGACACCCCUCCCUCUUCUAUUAGGGAGGGGUCCCAUACAAAUGAUACUCAAAAUUCGCACAGCUCGAGAACCAAUCAAGCAAAUAUAACCAAAUUUGGCAAGUGAAUGUUUGUAGAUGUAACAAACAUGUUCAUAAUGUUUCGACACCCUUCCUUCUUCUGGCAUGUCUCCAAAUGCCAUUUUUAAAUCCAAGAUGGCGACUUCCGGUUUCUGAAAAACAGCGGCAAAUGAUCAAAUACCACCCAAUUUGGGUAUUUCUAGAAUUAUUAUAAUGCACUGAAGCCAAAAAUCGACCUCAGACAACAUUUUGAAUUGUAAGAUGGCGACUUCCGGUGUCUAGAAAACAGCCGAAAAUGACAAACUACUACCAAAUAUGAGCGUUUCUUCAACCAGAUUGACGCUCAGAGGCCAAAAAUUGUCUCCUAAUGCCAUUUUGAAAUCCAAGAUGGCGACUUCCGGUUUCUGAAAACCAGCGGCAAAUGACCAAAUACCACCCAAUAUGGGUAUUUCCGGGAUUUUUAUGAUGCACUGAAGCCACAAAUCAGACAACAUUUUGAAUUUAAGAUGGCGACUUCCGGUGUCUGGAAAACAACCUAAAAUGACCAAAUUUCACCCAAUAUGAGUGUUUCUUCAACCAGCAUGACGCUCAGAGGCCAAAAAUUGUCUCCAAAUGCCAUUUUUAAAUCCAUGAUGGAGACUUCCGGUUUCUGAAAAACAGCGGCAAAUGACCAGAUACCACCCAAUAUGGGUAUUUCCGGGAUUUUUAUGAUGCACUGAAGCCACAAAUCGACCUCAUACAACAUUUUGAAUUGUAAGAUGGCGACUUUCGGUGUCUAGAAAACAGCCGAUAAUGACCAAAUUUCAUCCAAUAUGAGUGUUUCUUCAACCAGCAUGACGCUCAGAGGCCAAAAAUUGUCUCCAAAUGCCAUUUUUAAAUCCAAGUAGAGGCUUCCGGUUUCUGAAAAACAGCGGCAAAUGACCAGAUACCACCCAAUAUGGGUAUUUCUGGAAUUGUUAUGACGCACUGAAGCCUCAAAUCGACCUCAGACAACAUUUUGAAUUGUAAGAUGGCGACUUCCGGUGUCUGUAAAAUAGCCGAUAAUGACCGAAUACCAUCUAAUAUGAGUGUUUCUUUAACCAGAAUGACACUCAGAGGCCAAAAACUGUCUCCUAAUGCCAUUUUGAAAUCCAAGAUGGCGACUUCCGGUUUCUGAAAAACAGCGGCAAAUGACCAAAUACCACCCAAUUUGGGUAUUUCUAGAAUUGUUAUAAUGCACUGAAACCACAAAUCGACCUCAGACAACAUUUUGAAUUGUAAGAUGGCGACUUCCGGUGUCUAGAAAACAGCCAAAAAUGACCAAAUAUCACCCAAUGUGAGUGUUCCUUUAACCAGAAUGACGCUCAGAGGCCAAAAACUGUCCCCUAAUGCCAUUUUGAAAUCCAAGAUGGCGACUUCCGGUUUCUGAAAACUAGCGGCAAAUGAUCAAAUACCACCCAAUAUGGGUAUUUCCGGGAUUUUUAUGAUGCACUGAAGCCACAAAUCGACCUCAUACAACAUUUUGAAUUGUAAGAUGGCGACUUCCGGUAUCUAGAAAACAGCCGAUAAUGACCAAAUUUCACCCAAUAUGAGUGUUUCUUCAACCAGCAUGACGCUCAGAGGCCAAAAAUUGACUCCUAAUGCCAUUUUGAAAUCCAAGAUGGCGAACUCCGGUUUCUGGGAAGCAGCGGAAAAUGACCAAAGAUCACCCAAUAUGGGUAUUUCCAGGAUUGUUAUGAUGAACUGUAGCCACAAACCGACCUCAGACAACAUUUUGAAUUAUAAGAUGUCGACUUCCGGUGUCUGGAAAACAACCGAAAUCGACCAAUUACCACCCAAUAUGAGUGUUUCUUCAACCACAUUGACGCUCAGAGGCCAGAAAUUGUCUCCUAAUGCCAUUUUAAAAUCCAAGAUGGCGACUUACGGUUUCUGAAAAAUAGCCUGAAGUGACCAAAUACCACCCAAUAUGUGUAUCAACGGAUCCAGAAUGAUGCCAGUAGCUAGAAAUCUUCUGGGAAACAGCCGAAAUAACCGAAUACUACUACAUAUGGAUGUUUCCAUAAUCGAAAUGAUGUAUAGAAGCCAAGCAUUGACCCUGGACACCAUUUUGAAUUCGAAGAUGACCACUUUCAGUUUCUAAAAAAACAAACGAAAAUAACUGAAAUGCAUUCAAUAUAUUUCCGAAAUAGAGGUGAUGUACGAAAGCCAAAAGUCGAGGAUGUUGUCAUUCCGAUAAAACCAAUCAUUUCAAAUGAUAUAAACAAAUCGCAAGGAAUCAAUGAAUUUGAAAUGUUUAAAAUUAUUAAAUUGAACACUAAAAUAGGCGAGACGAAGUUUGCCGGGUCAGCUAGUGUGAAAUAAAAUGUUUUUUGAGAACUAAACUGCAAUUUUUCUCUUUGAAAUGUGUGAUAAACAUGGGUUUUGUUGUUGACUAAAUCAAACAUUGAAGUCUAUUCUAUAAGUUGUUUUAUGACACCAAGCAUCCAACUCUUAGUUUGGCUGCUAUUUCAUUUUAAAAGCAAUAUGCUGCGCCUUCAUUUAGUGUAGUAAGAUUCAUAAUUUUCUUCUCUACUGUGUUUCAAGUAUUGAUCUCUGAUCUAGUAUGCAGUGCAUGCUGUGUACAAGAUGGCAAUGACGCGUCUACGUAAACUAGCGAACCUAUACAUGUAUAGGUUCGCUAACGUAAACACAGUGGAGCAGGAAAUUGUAAUUGUAUAGAUACAUGGUUUAACGGUAUGUCAAAAGGCACAGUCAGCCAUGUUUAAAAAUCAGUUGACAUGGCAUCGAUUUGUUUAUUAACAACAAUAAAAUUUUCAACUGUUGUGAAUGGAACAGAAAAUUUUAUUUGAGACGCGAAUUUGCCGAGAUUUGGAAUUUGACUAGGACAAUCGGUGAAAUAUAAUCGAAGUUUAAUUCGCGAGAGGUGGAAACUGGAAAAAUCUCUGCAAUGAUCCAUAUGUGGAGGAAAAUUUGUUAGGAAGUGAAUUAGUUGGAAGAGGAUAUGGAUGUGCGAAUAGUCACCAGUGGUUUAAUUCAAAAAUUUAUCGACAUGGGAAUUAGGAACCUGCAACGAGAAACACCCAUGUCGUGUUCACUUUCGAAUUUUUCUAUCCAUCCCGUAAAAUAAAACCAAGAGACGGGAAAAGUGAAAAUGCUGCACGGAAAAAAGACGUUGCAAUCGUGUAAUGAUACCCGUAGGAAUGCUGAUUAAAAAAUUUCUUCUUCAAACUGACCAAUAUAUUUUAUUUGAUAUAUAAUAAUAGUUGAGAAACCAAAAUCAAAUUCACUUUCUAGAAAAUCUUCACUCUUUAUUUACUUCUAACUGAUUGGAUCUAUACAAAGAAUUAUAUCCGUUCACAGUACAUUCGCAUUCUUAAUGUUUACUAGCACGACCUGAUUUCUUCAGAUUCCUGUUAAAAAUUGAGUGGGUUCCUGCUGACCGAAAUCCAAUCAGACUACUGCUACUUGCACUGUAACGUCUUGUCCACAUACUGGCCAUUAGUACUUAAAAAUCGCUGUGAGCAGAAAACUGGAUGUGCUUGUGCUGUGUGAGCUGGGUGUUGUGAUGGCAAGGAUAUACUAUCUGGAAGAAAAAAAAAAUAUAGAUGGUUUUCCUAUUGAAAGUUACUUUUCCGCAAUAAAAAAUAACUUUAUAAUGGCGAAUAGCUUGAAAUAUACUUACGUUUUACUUUCUCAAACUCAAAAAAAUGGAAACAGCACUUAUUGUAGCAAACAUUAGUAUUUUAUCGACUUAAAGCGAAAACGAAAACGAAUGGACUGUUGUUAUUUGAAAAUUUGCUAGCUGUCACUUAGCGACCUUUCGUCUCCAUUCCUCCAGCGCAAAAAUGCUACCUCACCGCGCUUCUACAUUUUGAUUAAACCGUUACACCAUGUUCUACUCAUCAUGUUGUAAAUCUUACCACGCUAAAUGAAUGCGCAGCUUAUUGCUUCUAAAGUUGAAUAGCUUAGCUUAGUUUAGCUUAGAUAGACUGCCCGUAGUUUAUUGCUUUUAAAGUGAAAUAGCAGUUAAACUAAAAAAAUAAGAUGUUUGAUGUCAAAGAACAACUUGUAGAGUAGACUUCAAUGUUUAAUUUAGUUAGUUAACAACAAAACCCAUGUUUUUGGACUCAUGUAUUUUUUUCGUCAAAUACUUUGAAACUUUAUUUUGGUAAAACUAGCAAAAUCAGAUUCAACGCAUCAUUUCCAACGAAUUUUCUCACUUAAAUUUUUCCCAGGUUCAGUCAUGCUGAAGCGUAGGCAAAUUAAGAGGUAACAAAUCCAUGAAUUUUCGUAAUUGAGUUUGUAGUUAUUUAGGAAUGAACCCAGGAAAAAGGGUUUAUAAGUAAGUAUAAGAAGCCUAAAAAAUUUAAAAGAAAAAAAUCGGAAAAACUCGCACCAUCAGCCUAACUCUCUGCUAGUUUUUAGGAAAUACGGUUAGCAAAAAUACAUUUAGAUAAGUAUGUAAAGUUUUUAGUAUUUUAGUUCCAGUCACAAUCGCUUUAUCAUCCCUAGUUUCAUCGCACAAUGUUAUUGGUACGCUUGAACUCUGAUUAUUUUAUUACGAUUUGAAUCUAUUGUCAUAGUAGCGACGCUCAGACGGCCUUGUGAAAUGAUAACAAUCAACACAGUGCAACACUUUCAUUCUAUUGCUCGUUAUCGUCGUGUUGCGUUUCGCAUUGUGGUAUCUUCAGAAAACAAAAAAGAAUCCAUGUUGCUAGUGUAAAUGUGCGGAGUGAAGUUAUGUUGAUUUUUAAAAACCUCAUGGUUGUGGCUAUACUGAUUGCUAAAAUAGUCCACACCGCCAGCGAAAUCUCGAAUAAUGUUGGAUCAAAUGAUAGUGAUCUCGAUGAGCUGAGAAAAGUUUUUAUACGAAACCUUCAAGAGGAUGUUCGCAGUAUUGAGGAAAAAUAUACAGAGCGUACAUCUCAAUUCCAGCAGAGCUUGAAUCGGCGAAUCGAAGCAUUUUCUCAGGCAUUUGAUACAGAUUAUGGAACAACUAAGACCUCUUCGCUUUUUUUGGGUGAAAACGUGCGUAACCAGGAUGGACGCCGAGUACCUCGAGCUGUGAACGAGGCAAUUGAACAGGAUACUGCGCAAGGCGAACAUUGGUAUUUGAAAGGCUUCCGUGAGCGCAGCUAUGUUCCAGUUAAUCAUCCUAUCGACAUUUGCCUGCUCAAGGUGGGGAAAUCUGUGUUCGCUGCAUCGUUAAACAAACGCAAGACGAAGGACAUCGUUGCUAAUCACACCAUUGUGUCUUUCUUUGUUUGGAAUCGAGAUAUUAAGGCGUUCCACAAAUAUAAGGAAUACACGGGUGUAUUAGCCCGUAAGUUCGACUGCAUUUCACAUGCUUCUCUUGGUUUUGUAGCCGUAGUCAAUUUUUACGACAGUACACAAAAACAGGUAACUCCUCCGCCGAAUCGAAAAAUAGACGAUGGCUCGCCGGUUUUCCAGAUAAUGGAAAAUGGCAAUACGGAGAUUGUUCAGAAGUUCAGCCAGUCCAAUCAGAACACGGUGCACAUGUGGGUUCACGGGAACCACAUUUACCUUACGCACACGUACACCAACUUGGACGAAAGUGUUGCGAACGUGUGUCCUUUGUACAGAUGGUCCGGAUAUCACUUCGACGCAAUUGACGAACUACCCUGCUAUAACUCAAUCCACAUUGAGCCGUUCACGAUCGAGCAAACGCUGUUUCUGGCCAUCGCCAAUCAGAUGAACGACGAAGCGGUAGACGAGGACACGUUCUCCGAUCUGUUUAAGUUCGAUUACGACCGACAAAAGUUUGACUUCCAUCAAAAAAUCUACAUCUACUCUGUGUCCCAUAUCGCGUACAUUUUCAUGGAAAUGGAUCAUAAAAGGGAGCACUUCCUGGUCACAGGAAAUUCCCGUGCUGGGAAAAAGAACAAAGCCGGCAAGCUGGAUUACGACCAGCAUUCGAUCAUGUACAAAUACAUGGAUGGAUAUUUUGUACCCUUUCAAAAGUUCGAGUUAUACAGCGUGAAACAGUUUUUACCAGUCAUGCGUAUAAACGGCGAAUUCCUUCUGCUGAUUAUGUGUCGCGGCCGGCCCUUACUGAUCUACGAAUACGAUGGAUGGAAAUUUUCGCCCUCCCAAAUCGAUUACACGAGGGAAGCAUUCAGUGUUGGUGUGUCGCAUAUGCGCGUCUACCAGCACAUGGUCAACGCUAGUUUAAUCGUAAUCGCCAAUCGAAAUUCGUUCGGUACGACCACCAACAUUUUUUCACCGAUUUACGGUGUUAAGAACGACUUGAAAGAUGUUUACCGCGAGUUUAUCGCUUGGUGUGACGACACAACGCAACAACUGGCAUCGCUGGAUUUGGAGGAAAUCUAUAACCGUCUGGUGGAGCUUCCGGGGUCUGGUGAUUCUACGGUAACGCUCGAUAAGAAUGUCGAAAUGCGAGAUUCAACAAUUCAAGAAUUACACACAGAAGCCUUGCAUGUGGGAGAUUUCGUGUUCGAUCAACGUACCUUCGACUACCUGAAUAAGGUACAAUACAAAUUGGAAAGCUUGGAAAAGAAAGCUGAAGAACUAAGCAAGAUUGUCGACGGAAGCUUCAAACUGAACGAAACACUAGAAAUUAAUGGCGAUCUGAAAAUUCCGGAAAUUAUCGCACCCGAUGCGUUGGUCGGGAAUUUGGAAGCGACGUACGUAAACGGCGAAAUAACUAAAAGGAGUAUUAGCGAAAACCACUACGAAGAGGCGAUUUAUGUUGAUGAUUUGAUAGUGGAAGAGAAUUUGGAGGUCAAAUUUAUUAACGGAUACGCUAGUGAAACUUUGCUUCACACCACCGACGAUUUUCGGUUAUUGAAGGACGUCAAGCUGCAUGUACCGGAAGUGGAAAUAAACGGGGAGCUGUUCGUGCAAAAUUUAAUCGAUGGAAUUAGAUUCACUGAGGAUAAUGUUUUGAUCGACGGAAAAGAUCAAGUAUUUACGAACAAAACUUUACGGGUGGACAAAUUGGUCGUGAAAAAUCUGGUGGCAAGCAAGUUAAACUCUACUGACACAGAUGUCAUUAUGGCAUACGCACAGCGAAGCUCGAAACCCUGCUCGUCUCAAUACAGGGAGAUUCAUGUGAACGAUCUUGAGAUAACAGGCCUGAUAAAUGACGUAGAUUUCAAUCACCUCGCGAAGCAUGCAUUGCAGAAGACUGGCAAUCAAACUAUAACUGGCGAAUGGAUCUUCGAUAAAGUUUAUGCCUCUCGUAUAAUAGUACCGAACGAGCGCCUUUCUGGGGUGGAACUAAACUCUCUAGUAUUGACUGAACCAACAGGAAACCAGUCCUACUUCACCGUUCGUCAAGACGUACAAUUCACCGAACCAGUAUACUUUGAGUCACUUCAGGUUGAUGAACGGGUCAACCACAUCCCUGUGAUUGACGGUAAACUGCAAGUACUGCUGCAGAACUCCGACGAGCCCCAGCUGAUGACUGGCACGAAAACAUUCGAUAACGUUAAACUGUUAAGUCCUAUAGAUUUGCGGGGUAAAAUUAACGGCAGUAGUUUGAGCAAAUUAAACCCGAUUCAAACGAUACAGCAAGACGUGUACCUGGAGGGGGAUUAUGAGAUUAUAGGAAAUGUUACUGUCGAACUACUAAACACAAGCAAUAUUUAUGGGGCUAGCAGAACGUACAACUUUAACGAUCUUUACACGCAUGGGUUGCCGCUCAACACGGCAGCGAUCAAUCAAAACUUUAUCUUCAGGCAACCACUGAUAGCUGACUCCGUGUUUAGCAGUUCAUUAAAUGGACUCGACCCAAGUGAUUUUGUUCGUACGAAAUCCAACAAGGUGCAGCAUAUAACAGGCAAAAAAAUAUUUACCGGUGAUCUGAAUAUUGAGGGACACAUUGAAGCGGCAGUUAUAAAUGAUGUCGACAUAGACUAUUUGAAUAGAACAGUACUGAAACGUACUGGAGAGCAAGUAGUUGAAGGAUCGAUUCAUUUCAAGAAAAUCAUUCUUUCAAGAGCCGUUUCUAAUCGAACAUGGUUCGGAGGUCAACCAUUGAGUACAGACUUCGAAACCAAUGCUAACGGGCGCGCCUGGUCAAAGGUACGGUUUGAAAAUUGUAAUCUCACGAUCGAAGGCGAUCUGUCCGUUGGUGAUUUACUUGCGACCAAUGGUUCGACAGUAUAUGGGUACGAUCUUGACUAUCUGAUGCAAGAUACGCUACAGAUCAGUGAUGAGGAGGUUGAUCCAGAAACAAUUACAGGAACGAAAUACUUUCGUAAUAUGACGAUCGGUGAAGUGAUAUUUGACGAUCAGGCUACAUUGAACGGCAUUGAUAUGGAAAGACUAGCGAAAAUCGGCGAAUCGUUUCAAAAUAACACUUUGAUAUUUGAUUCACUUGAAAUGGAUCAACCGCUCUAUGUACGCAAUGUAUUUUUCAAUGGAUCGUUAAACGGCGUUCACAAAGAUGAAUUUGGCAAUUCAUGGCUGUUGAACGAAUAUAAUCAAACCUUCACAGCUCCGCAAACUUUUGAACACGUGAUUGCGGAUCAAAUCAUUCUCGAUGGAUAUUUGAACGGUGUUAAAAUUGAGGAGCUUGUGGAGAAUGUUUAUUAUUUGAAUGAAAACGAGUACGUGAAACGUGCCAUUUUUCAUAACGGCGUUAUUUCACAUCAAAUGGUGACAGUUAAUGGGCUAGUAUCGGGAUUGAAAUUAGAAACAGAUGUUUUGCUCGAUUCUCCUAUUCAGCACCAAUACCUGAAGGAACUGCGUGUGGAUGGGGAGCUACGGGUGACCGAUAAGAUUAACAUUGUCAGUACUCUUAAUGGGAUUAAUUACGGCAAACUGCAAGAAUUUGUGAGCAGCAGCGGUACAGAUAUACCAUUGAAAAUCGAAGUUCAAGGCAAUGUACACUUUGUGGAAGAACCCGAGAUAGUGGAACUGAAUGGAUACAACUUGCAGCAACUUCACCGCGAUGUGUGGUUGACUAAUCGGGACGAGGUACUGACUGGGCGUUACCGCUUCGAAGACGUUCGCUUUGAUAGUUAUGUACACACGAAGGGCCCUAUCAACGGACUGGAUUUGGAUGAAAUUUCUGAAACCUAUCUGAGUUUGACGAAAGAGCAGGUAGUGACGACGCCGUUAAUUUUCAAAGGACCAGUAGAGUUCAGAAAUAACACCAACAUUAAGAACAUUGUCCUCAAAGGGCUUCUAAAAGGAUCAGAAGACUCCAAAGGAUUCGACAUCGUAGACUAUGACCGACAUGUGCUUAAGAAAAAUGUUGAACAGACUAUCACAGGUCACUGGACGUUUCACGAAGUGGAAGUUCUCGGAAGUCUUAACCUAACCACAAUCAAUGGAUUGGACCUGCAGAAGGACAUUCUACUGAACAAUGUACCGGAGGCAACGUUUACGGGCAACAAACGGUUUAAAGAUCUUCACGUUCGCAACCUUAAAUGUGAGGCACCCUGUGUUAUUCAGGGGGUCGACUUUACAGAAUGGUUUGCCAACUCGGUUCGAUUGGAUAGAAAUGCUACAAUCGAAGGUAUAACUUAUUUGGAGGCGCCAACUAUUAUCGGAGAUAUUGAAUGCUUAGGACCAGUGAAUAAUAUCACCUUCGAUGAGGAUCACUUACUUUUGAAGUCUACACCGCAAACAAUUAAAGGCAAUCUGAUCGUGAAGACCAAGUUUCCGGAAAAGAAUUUGAUAUAUCCGUUAACUAUUGAAAAACUGGAAGUUAAAACGAUCAAUGGAAAGAACUUCAAUGAAUUCGUAAAAAAUCUUGCGAGAGUAGAUCAAAACCCAUUGACGAUAAACACAUCGGUCACGCUAACCCAACCGCUGGAAACUGAAAAUUUGGAUAUCGAAAACAAUAUGCUGUAUGGAGUGGAUAUGAACAAAUUACUGCAAAAAUCUGAGAAUGAAGAUCAGCUGAAGACAUACGAAUCCAAAUUUCGCCACCUCGAUUUGGUUGGACAAUCGCUUGUGGACACAUUUCAAGCUAAAACGCCUCAUCUAAGCCAUUUCCAACCAAUGAAGUCUCUAGAAGGUCAUUUUGGUACUGUAGACACAAUAACUAUCCCUAAACAACCGCAGCCUGUUCAACUUCUCGUUGUUCACGUGGUUGAUAAAAACCGCACAGCUGUGGAAUUCUACCGGUGGAACAAAAAAGAUUCGCAGUUUCGCAUUGCUAAAGGUUUCGCACCAAUCUCAUUGCCGAAGCUAAUCGUUGCCAAUCUGAAAACGAUAACUUUGCGAAAGACGCAUUAUCUUUAUGUAGAAUUUUACAGCCCGAAGUAUCAAUACUAUCGUCAAAAAAUUUUGAGUGCUCAGCCCACGGGUACAACUAUAACCAAGAAAAUACCAAAGUUCCUCACUUUGUACGAGUUUAACAGUACCACCAGCCGGGAUAUAGUAGCGAUUAAGUUGUACGAUUUAGAUUGUAUAGGACUAUUUUCGUCGCUGGCGAACGGAAUGGAAAUCCACUGUCUACAUCGAGAGAGUCAAGAAAUUUACCCUAUUAUGAAGCUCCACCAAUCGAUUGCCACCCCAGCGGUUAGGCAAGCACUUUACUUGCAAGGUCGAUUAAUCCUGUUGAGUCGUGAUAACCACUUGCAGAUUUGGCGUCCGCAGUUGCACUACACGCUAAUAUUGGCUCAGUUGGUGCAAAUUGAUCAUCCCAGCUUCAUUACCGCAGCUUAUUUCGACUAUCAGUUUUUCAUCGCUAUUAACUCGGAGCCUAAACUAGCGGAUGGCGUCUAUCACGGAUCGAUCGAAAUUUGGCGUGAUUUGCGUGCCCAACAACGAAACAGUACACUCACCAAGUACCAAAGCAUUGUGACCGAGGUGCCUGUGCAGAUCAGGUUUUCCGUUCUGCCGUCCACAGCCGAUUUGAUGCUGUACAUUUUUAGCGAUAGCAAAUUCCAUCCAUUGGUGAUCUACCAGUACGAGGGAGUUACUGGAUUCAGGCAGUAUCUUAGGAGUAACACACUUCGAACCACGGCAACCCGGUUGAAGGUUCUUAAGAUGCAGCACAGCCACAGUGACAUGCUGGCGCUUAUUGGUAAAGACCGAAUAGAUCUUAUUGAAGCCAUUAUUGAGGGACAGUGACGAAAGACCUGUAUUAUUAGUAUUUAAUUUUUGUUUGUUGAUUUGUAUGCAGUACAAAUAAAUGUUUCGCAGUUUGAAUGCAAAA